AUGUCUUCGAGACACUCAGCAGCGCGCCCUAAACGGGCUGGCGAGACAUUCGCGCGAACACAUCACCACGACGCUGAAGACGACAGCCAUGAUUCAAAGAAGCUCAAGUUCGACGUCCGUAACCCCUCCGCGCUGGCCCCCGACGCUCCCGAAGAAGAUGCCAUUCUUGAUGCCGACGUCAUCGGCGUUGGCGCCGGUGCGACCAAGCGCGGCGCCGUGAAUCUCGACGGCUACGACAGCGACUCGGACAACGAGCGCAACUUCAAAUCGCGAGCCGACGAGCGGUACAAGGGCAAGAAAGGUAGCGAGGCCAACUUCUUUGAUCAACUUGACAACUACGACGCCAAGAACAGCGAUGGCGCGGGCCAGAAGGGGGGCAAGGUCAACGAGGAUGACGAGGACGACGAUAUGUUCGCUGCAGACGACGAUGAAGAGCAAGAGCAGGUGGCGCAGGAGGGAACCAAGCGCUCGGAAAAGGACAAGGCCGUGCGCUUUCUCGAUGACCAACAAAUUGAGGGCCAAGAAUUGAAAAGUAAGAGCGGAGGGCAAAUCCGUCUAGACGAAGAGGAGAGUAGCGACGAUGAGGCAGACCGGGAUCUGGCGAUUCAGGAGGAAGGCAUCGAUGAGGAAGUCGGCCUCGGCGGUCUUAAGCGCAAUGCUCCCAAGGUCGAAGCCUUCAACAUGAAGCAAGAGCAAGAAGAGGGCGCUUUCGACCAGGAUGGAAACUACAUUAGAAAAGCGGCAGACCCGAAUGCGGUGCACGACAAGUGGCUCGAAGGGUUGAGCAAAAAGGAUCUGAAAAAGGCGGCGGAAGCGCACGAGAGGCGCGAGGCUGAGGCGCGGAGGCUACGGAUGGAAAACGACGAUAUUCUGACAACGGACCUGCUCAGGGCGCUCAUUGUCAGGUUGGACAGGGGCGAGACGCCGCUUGAGGCCCUGGCAAGGCUAGGCAAGGGGCAGCCUAAGCCGAAGAAGAUACCCAAGUGGAAGCUCAAGAAGCAGAACAAGGGCGCCGAGGAGGCCAUGGACGUCGACAAGGAAAAGGAUCUCACCCCCGAUCAGAAAAAGAGGAAAGAGGCCAUCGAGGCCAUCACGGACGCGGCGGACAAGUUGCUGAGCCGAGAUCACGCCGAGAUUUAUGACCAGGAAAGGGAGGCGCUCGUCCGUGAGUGGCAGCGAGAGACGGGCGAGCAGUGGGUCGAGCCGGCAAAGGAGGGUGCCAGUGAAGACCUCUCUAGCAAAAUGUGGGAGUUCCGGUGGACGGAUGGGCGCGAUGAUGCGGACAAGCAAGGGCCGUAUGAUGGGCCGACGAUGAAGGCAUGGCAGGACGCCGGGUACUUUGGAGAAGGCGUCGAGUUUCGGCCAGUAGGCGACGAAGGCUGGACCAGGGCCGCCACUUUCGUAUGA